AUGCCACCUCCCAUGAGGCCGCAUCCGCAAUACCAGCCAUUCUAUCAACAGCAUAUGGCGCCAAUGAUGCCUCAAUACCCUCAGCACUAUCCACCCAACUGGUAUGGAUAUCAACAACCCCACAUGCAUCCUAUGCAUGGCAGACCGCCAUAUUAUGCUCAGCUUCCUGUACCACCUCCUCAAUAUCCUCUCGCAGCUCCUCAUCCACAUCACGGCCCGCUGGUGGUAUCCAGCCAGCCGCACGUGCAGCCUGCGCCUCGACACCCUCAAGGUCCGCCAUCUGUGCCGCCGCAACCAACCUCGACCGCCCCAUCCAUUGCCUCAAACCCGGUUCAGACACCACCUUCUCCUCCUCUCAGUACCUCGAGCACGGUGAACACAAGAAAAGAUACCAUCUCCCCAGCAAUUUCUCCCGCGCCUCAACGGGUCCAAAGCCCGUCCGCUGAAACUCCCAGGGAACCUUUUUAUCCCCCUGUGCCUUGGUUGUCUGUUGACGGCGAAGCAUUCCCACCUCGUGCUCCUAGGCAGAGACGGCGGAUUCCUCGUUCCCUCCUUGCCUCAGAACCAGUCGUCUACCCAUUGGUAGAGCCAACCCCUCCUGCACCAACUACUCCGGCGCCCGUUGAAGAAGAACCCGCCCAAGAGCAGCUGGAAUCGGUACGUCAAGAGGAGGAUGAGUCUGCAGACAUUUCCGCAGAACAACCUACCACACAAGCAUCAACUCCCUUACCGUCGGACGCCCCAUCUGAAGUUGCCUCUACCCAACCAACGACCCCCUCUUCUGCCGUUCAUGCUCCUCUGUCAAAGUCUCAGCAAACCCCAACUCAACCGAAAGCCCGACCUGCUGGUCCCAUUCUCCCAGCUGUCCCAGUCCUGCCUUCUAGCCCUUCUGCAGCGCGGUCAAGCCACCGUGACUCGGUCGUCUCGACACAAUCAAAGACAUCCGAACCAGCACAAACACCUGUAGACAUUAAGGAAACUCAGAUCACCCCAACAGAAGCGUCAGAGACGAAGCCGGAUUCUGAAGAUGCUGCUCCUGUUGUUUUACCUCCUGCCCCGCCAAAAUCCUGGGCAAACCUAUUCAAGGCUAAUGAUGCGCGGAGUGGCCAGUCCACAGCCUUACCGUCGAAGGCUGCCUCAACUAUUUCUGGAACUGCAAAGAGUGAGACCCUAUCCGAAGUGCUGAACGAAAUGAACUCUAUCGUUGAAGCGCCAACUAAGAUAUCUUUUCUCAAACCACGUGGUCUUGUCAAUACUGGAAACAUGUGCUACAUGAACUCUGUGUUGCAAGUACUUGUUUUCUGCUUGCCAUUUUACGAUUUCAUAGCGAAACUGGCUGACAGAGCUCCACAUACAUUCAAAAGCGACACCCCCUUGAUCGAUGCAAUCAUCAUGUUUGUACGAGAGUACCCCAUCAUCUGCUCCGCAAACUCUGUGGAUCAGCUCCGCCUGCGCUUGAAGCCAGAUGAUUAUGAGAACUAUGGCGACUCUUUUAUUCCAGAGUAUGUCUAUGCUGCAAUCAAAGAUCUGCCUCGGUUCCGAGAAAUGAGGAGAGGCCACCAGCAGGAUGCCCAGGAAUUCCUUGGCUUCUUACUGGAAGAAUUGCAUGAAGAAUGUGCUCGCGCCAUGAGAUCUACCACGGCUUCCAGCUCCGGCCGAACGACGCCUGUUGGCAGUGUUUCCAAUGCCUCGGAGCACGCUGAUACAGAGAAUGGCUGGAUGGAAGUCGGCCACAAGCAGAAGUCUGCAGUCACUCGGUCUUCGGGCAUGACUGCGGCAGAAUCUCCUGUGACCAACAUCUUUGGUGGGAAACUUCGAUCCGAAUUGAAAGUGUCCGGGAAUAAGUUGUCCGUCACUUUGGAGCCAUACUCACCGUUGCAGCUUGAUAUCGGUUCUCCGCAGGUAAACAACAUCAUUGAUGCCUUGAAAGGACUUACGAGGCCGGAAAGUAUGCAGGGUGACUUUUACACUCCGAGAGGAGUAAGAGCCACUGCGACAAAACAAGUCUUCAUUGAAACUCUACCUCCAGUCCUGAUCCUGCACCUGAAACGAUUCCACUAUGACAACACCACAAAACGCGCGGAGAAGAUCUGGAAAAAAGUCGGCUACCCACUAGAACUCGAAAUCCCCAAGGAAGUGUUCCCUCUGCAGGUGCGGAACAAGUACACGGCGCACGGUGGCUUACCAAAAUACCGCCUCACAGGUGUCAUCUACCAUCACGGCAAGAACGCCAACGGCGGUCACUACACUGUCGACAUCCGCCGCCAAGAUGGCCGCGAAUGGAUCCGCAUGGACGAUACCUUACUGCGUCGUAUCAGAGCCGAAGAGGUCGCCGAGGGUGGCAGCGAAGAAGACCCGAAGGUCCUUGCAGCAGCGUUGGAACGCCACACAGCUAGCGGCAACCGUUUCGAACAAUUUGACCAAGCAACUGACGAGGAUGAUGCUUCGGACAAAACGUGGAGUCAAGUCAAUGGGCAUUCCAGAACCAAAUCGACAAUGAGUGCCGUGGUCAAUGGAACCUUGACGCCCAAAGACUCAUCUGGGAAGCAGACGCCAAAUCCCAAGUACCUUGUCAAGGACAACAAGGUUGCCUAUCUAUUGUUCUACCAACGGAUCUCCAAUUAA